AUGUUAAUAUUUUAUAUUAUAUUAUUGUCUAUCUGUAUUCAUGCUAAAUCCUAUGAUUGUAUUCCAUCAGGAAAUAAAUUUGAUGGUGGAUUUAAUGAUAACUUUUUUACACUAUGCAAAACAACUAAUAAUGAAUGUUCAUAUUAUUUUACGGAUGACUUCACUUAUUCUUCAACUAACGCUAUGGAAUGCAAAAAUACAUAUUUUAGUGGUACUUUUACAAUGACAAGUUUAAAGGAUUUUUGGAAUGCAAAGACUUUUUAUAUUAAACAACAUUCUCAAAUUACAUUAAAUGGUAAAUUUCAUACAAGAGAAGAAUUUAACAUUGGAAAAAAUUCUAAAAUAAAUUGGAAUGGUAAUGUCUCAUUUGAACGACUAAUUACAUUUGAAACAACUCCAUCAUUAAAAUAA